AUGUCUUACGCGCACCUGCUGCCGCCGAGCUGGAAGACAGAAGUCGGCGCGUGGCUCGCAGAGGACACACCCUCGUUUGACUAUGGCGGGUUCGUCGUCGGCGAGGCUCAGCGCACUGCGUUCUUGCUGGGGAAAGGAAGCCAGACAGCGGUGCUUGCGGGGUCCCCGUUUGUCAGCGAGAUAUUCACGCAGCUGGGCUGUACUGUCGAGUGGCAUAUCGAGGAAGGGGACACGUUCGAGCCGGUGAAGCAUGUCGCGACGGUCACGGGGCCAGCAAGACAUCUGCUACUCGGGGAGCGCGUCGCGUUGAAUCUACUCGCGCGCUGUAGCGGCAUCGCCACUAAAUCGAAGCGGAUCAAGGACCUCGCGCGGGGGUAUGGCUUCAAUGGGAUCGUGGCGGGAACUCGGAAGACAACACCGGGGUUCCGGCUGGUGGAAAAGUAUGGGAUGCUCGUUGGUGGGAUCGACCCGCACCGCCACGACCUGUCGAGCAUGAUUAUGCUCAAGGACAACCACAUUUGGUCGGCCGGCUCGAUAACAGCGGCAGUGCAACGCGCAAGACAGGUCGGUGGGUUCAGUCUGUUAUUGGAUGUGGAGGUACAGAGCGAGGCGGAGGCGGACGAGGCGAUUGACGCGGGUGCGGAUGUUAUCAUGCUGGAUAAUAUGGAGGGUGAGCAGUUGGUCAGCGUUGCGAGAAGUUUACGCGAGAAGUGGGCGGGAAAGAGAAAGUUUUUGUUGGAGACGAGCGGCAACAUCACCGAGGCCAACUUGCAGGAACGCGCGUCGAAUGAUGUGGACAUCCUCAGCACAAGCACUGUUCACCAGUCCGUCCAGCACAUUGACUUUAGCCUCAAGAUUCAGAAACCGAGAGUAGAUUAG